AUGUACGACGAAGGCCUCCACGGCGGAGGCUACAUGGAGGGCGGCGCGAUGUACCACGAACACAGACUGUCUCACCCCCACUUACCGCCAGUCCACUACCCCCCUCCCGCGGCCCCUGCGCACGCGCUGCCCGGCGAGCCCCUCGUCCACAAGAGAGACAAAGACGCUAUUUACGGGCACCCACUGUUCCCCCUGCUGGCGCUGAUCUUCGAGAAGUGCGAGUUGGCCACAUGUACCCCCCGAGACCCUGGCGUGGCGGGGGGUGACGUGUGUUCAUCAGAAUCCUUCAAUGAAGACAUUGCAGUUUUCAGUAAACAGAUACGCCAAGAGAAACCUUACUACAUAGCGGACCCUGAGGUCGACUCAUUAAUGGUGCAAGCGAUACAAGUUCUACGGUUUCAUCUAUUAGAAUUAGAAAAAGUACACGAGCUGUGUGACAACUUCUGCCACCGCUACAUCAGCUGCCUGAAGGGCAAGAUGCCAAUAGACCUGGUGAUCGACGAGCGGGAGUCAACGCGCCCGCCCGACACCAACGGAGAGCCGCGCUCCGCCCCCGACAGCAGCCACGACGGAGCCUCCACCCCCGAUGUCGUGAGUACCCCCUACACCAAGUCCCAUCUGAUUCAGAGGCGUGAUCCCCAGCUUGCACCCAACUCUACCACGAGCUAUCUCGUGCACCCCUGCUCUUAG